AAACAAUUGUCUUCCACACGUUCCUUCCGUCAUUAUUUCACGACAACAAAAAAUAAGAACCAGGCAGAGAGAUCAAAACUCCAAAAAUCUCUCGCUCUGCCAAAUCUCAGAUCUAAAACGACACCGUCUCGGAUCAGAUCAAACAAUCAUCAUGUCUUCUGGAUUUAGCGGCGAUGAAACUGCUCCUUUCUUCGGCUUCCUGGGCGCCGCUGCCGCUCUCGUCUUCUCUUGUAUGGGAGCUGCAUAUGGAACGGCCAAGAGUGGUGUUGGAGUGGCAUCAAUGGGAGUGAUGAGGCCUGAGCUUGUGAUGAAGUCGAUUGUACCAGUUGUUAUGGCUGGUGUGUUGGGUAUAUAUGGCUUGAUUAUUGCUGUUAUUAUUAGUACUGGAAUUAACCCCAAGGCUAAGUCAUAUUACCUUUUUGAUGGUUAUGCUCAUCUCUCCUCCGGUCUUGCUUGUGGCCUUGCUGGGCUUUCUGCUGGUAUGGCUAUCGGAAUUGUUGGUGAUGCUGGUGUCAGAGCUAAUGCACAACAACCAAAACUUUUUGUUGGUAUGAUCCUGAUCCUCAUUUUUGCUGAAGCUUUGGCAUUGUAUGGGCUUAUUGUUGGCAUCAUCUUGUCUUCCCGGGCUGGCCAGUCUAGGGCUGAAUAAGCAGGGAGAUCACUAUCUGUCAUUAUUCUUUUAUGGGUUAAGGUUGUGAGUGCAGGGAAAGUUUAAUGAUUGUUCAAAGAUUAUUGAUGAUUGCGACGCACUUGCAGGAUUUUGAAAAAUUCUUGUUAUGGAAGUGUCUGCUCUGCCAGGCAUUUAGUGGUUUCUUUGUAUUGUUUGCGGAAGUAGGAUUAAAUUUAUCUGCAGAAUAAAAGUUUGUGAAGCUGUUAUAUGUUUGGUUUUUAUGUAUCAAUGUAUUUUGCGGAAACCCAUUAUAGAAACUUUAAUUUCAGGGCUAAUUCGUCUAA